AAUGAUGAUAUGAUAUCUCCUGUUUUUAACAUUUCUUCCCACUGCACCUCUCUUUCUAUUCUAUUUUAGCUUUACUUUCUCUUUCUUUCUGUCACCACUGCAAAUCAAUCUCUCACUCCCUCUCAUUCGUCAUUUCACACACCAAACCCUAGAUCUCUCCUCUCACCGCAUUGCAAACUCACAAUUACUUCUUCGAUUCACUCGCCAUGGAAGAAGUAGCUCCAUCUCUUCUACUUGCUCUAUCCAUGGCGGCACUUGUUCUCUUAACUCAAUGCACUUUGUCCCUACAAUCGGAGCUCAUGUUCUCUUCCAGACUGAUUCACCGCUUUUCUGACGAAAUGAGAGCUCUUAUGGAUACGGAUGUUGAUGUUCAGAGGCAGAAGAUGAACGUAGGCUCGCAGCAUCAGUUACUGUUUCCGUCUGCUGGUAGCAAGACGAUUUCCGGCGGAAAUGACUAUGGAUGGUUACAUUAUACUUAUAUUGCUGUAGGGGUGCCAAGUGUUUCUUUCCUUGUUGCACUUGAUACCGGAAGUGAUCUUCUCUGGCUUCCAUGUGACUGUGUGCAGUGUGCUAAACUUUCAGACAAUGAUGAGAAUGAAUACAAUCCAUCCCACUCAAGCACAAGCAAAACCAUAACAUGUAGCCAUGAGUUGUGUGAGUUGGGUUCCACAUGCAAAAACCCGAGACAGCCAUGCCCGUACACUGUUAACUAUGCCUCAACAGCUACAUCCAGUUCUGGAUCAUUAGUUGAAGACAUACUGCAUCUUGCAGCAGAUAGUGUUAAUGGAUCUAACACCUAUGUAAGGGCUCCAGUUAUCAUAGGAUGUGGUAAGAAGCAGAGUGGUGGUUACCUGGAUGGUAUAGCUCCUGAUGGUCUAUUGGGUCUUGGACUUAGUGAGGUCUCGGUUCCAAGCUUUCUUGCCAAAUCCGGAGUCACAAGAAACAGUUUCUCUUUGUGUUUUGGCGAGUCAGGUUCUGGGAAUAUAUAUUUUGGGGAUCAAGGACCAUCUACUCAAAGAACAACUCCAUUUCUGCCAAAAGAUGGAAAAUACAUUACCUACAUAAUUGGAGUAGAGAACUUCUGUAUCGGUACUAAUUGUCUUGAUCAGACAAGCUUCAAAGCUCAAUUUGAUAGUGGAACAUCUUUUACUCUUCUUCCAGAUGGAAUAUAUAAAGCUGUUGUUGAAGAAUUUGACAGACAAGCACAUGCCACAAAGAUAACUUUUGACGGUGUGCCAUUUGACCACUGUUACAAGUCCAGUUCUCAAGAACUGCUAGAAACUCCAUCAGUGACUAUUAAGUUAUCAGUGAACAACACCUUUUUGGUCCGCGAUCCACUUUUUGUUGUGAAUGACAGUCAGGGAGGAAUUGUUGGAGUUUGUUUAGCUAUACAGUCAUCGCCUACUGAAAUGGGACUUAUUGGACAGAACUUCAUGACAGGAUAUCGGUUGGUUUUUGAUAGGGAAAAUCUUACACUCGGAUGGUCACACUCAAGAUGUCAACCACUUAGGGGCGGAGACACGAUAGGAAGUAAUGCCAGCUCGCCAAUUUCACUACCGACGACAACUGAGCAACAGAGGGCCCCACCUAACACUCAUGCGGUUGGACCUGCUGUUGCUGGUAGGACACCCUCAGCUGCUUUCAUGUUGAAUUCAUCUUGUUUACUAUUGUUGUUACUUAUUUCAUCAACUAUGGUGUAAAUAUCACUCUUCCUUAUAGCUUUUAGGAGUAAGACUUCCCUUGUUUGUUUGUUUCUGGAUAUGUUUUGUUCUAAAAUGCUUCAUGUAAAUAUAUGAAAGAAAGGAUGGUGCUUGGUCUAAGUUUGCACUCU